AACGGUUGUUAACUGUAAGCAUUUUAUCUCACCAGUAAUCGCUCUUAAAGACCAAAUCUUGUUUCAUUGGACUACUUUAUUGUUGUUUGAGUCUAGACUCCACAUUUGAAACAUCAACCGUUAAACCGUUAAACCCUUGGCCAAAUCUCUGACAUGAAAAUUCUAAGUGUAACUGUGUUUAGCUUUAGCCUCUCAUGAUCUCAUCUUAUGCUCUGCAAAUUCCAUUUCAAAAAGCAGCUCCGUUUCCCUCCAAUCCCUUAUUCAUUUGUCACUCAAUGCACCCAUUCAUGGAGCAUAAUCAGAGCUUCUGUGCCAGUUCCUGAUGAAACCCAUUUCAGGGACCCUCACACUGUUCAUUUGUUUUGUGCCAAUGCCCUCAAAGUUUCUGCCAAAAGGGCCCUUCUUCCUGAAGGGAAACAGCUACAUGCCCAUUUGAUAAAGUUUGGAUUUUGCCAUGUUCUGUCCCUGCAAAAUCAGAUUUUGGGUGUUUAUCUUAAGUGUACGGAAGCUGAUGAUGCGGAGAAACUGUUUGAGGAAUUGUCUGUGAGAAAUGUUGUGUCAUGGAACAUUCUGAUUCGAGGUAUUGUUGGAUGUGGUGAUGCAAAUGAAAAUGACUCGAACCAACAACAGUGCUUUUCUUAUUUUAAAAGGAUGUUGUUGGAACUGGUGGUUCCAGAUAGUACAACUUUUAAUGGUCUCUUUGGUGUUUGUGUCAAGUUUCAUGAUAUUGACAUGGGCUUCCAGUUGCAUUGUUUUGCAGUGAAACUUGGAUUAGAUUUGGAUUGUUUUGUGGGAAGUGUUCUUGUUGAUUUAUAUGCACAAUGUGGUUUAGUUGAGAAUGCAAGGAGGGUUUUUCUUGUUGUUCAACAUAGAGAUUUGGUUGUGUGGAAUGUGAUGAUUUCUUGCUAUGCCUUGAAUUGUUUACCAGAAGAGGCUUUUGUCAUGUUCAACUUGAUGCGAUGGGAUGGUGCAAAUGGGGAUGAGUUCACUUUUAGCAACCUUCUUAGUAUAUGUGAUUCUUUGGAAUAUUAUGAUUUUGGAAAGCAGGUUCACGGUCAUAUUCUGAGACUGUCAUUUGAUUCAGAUGUUUUAGUGGCUAGUGCAUUGAUCAACAUGUAUGCAAAAAAUGAAAAUAUAGUGGAUGCACACAGACUAUUUGAUAAUAUGGUGAUUCGAAAUGUUGUGGCAUGGAACACCAUUAUUGUUGGCUAUGGGAAUCGUAGAGAAGGGAAUGAGGUUAUGAAGCUUCUCAGAGAGAUGCUUCGUGAAGGGUUUUCCCCUGAUGAACUGACUAUUUCAAGCACUAUUAGUUUAUGUGGCUAUGUUUCUGCCAUUACUGAAACAAUGCAAGCUCAUGCCUUUGCUGUCAAGUCAUCAUUUCAAGAAUUUUUAUCUGUUGCUAAUUCUCUGAUUAGUGCGUACUCCAAGUGUGGUAGCAUUACUAGUGCAUGUAAAUGCUUCAGAUUAACUAGAGAACCUGAUCUUGUUUCGUGGACUUCAUUGAUAAAUGCGUAUGCAUUCCAUGGUCUUGCCAAAGAAGCAACUGAAGUGUUUGAGAAGAUGCUAUCUUGUGGAAUAAUUCCGGAUCAAAUUUCCUUUCUUGGUGUUCUCUCUGCCUGUUCUCAUUGUGGCCUUGUGACUAAGGGACUUCACUACUUUAACUUAAUGACCAGUGUGUAUAAGAUUGUUCCUGAUUCAGGUCACUAUACCUGCCUUGUUGACCUUCUUGGACGAUACGGUCUUAUAAAUGAGGCUUUUGAAUUCUUGAGGUCAAUGCCAAUGGAAGCUGAAUCAAAUACAUUAGGAGCAUUUGUUGCAUCUUGCAAUCUCCAUGCAAAUAUAGGACUGGCUAAAUGGGCCGCAGAGAAGCUCUUCACCAUAGAGCCAGAGAAGAAUGUAAACUAUGCAGUCAUGUCUAACAUUUAUGCUUCCCAUAGACAUUGGAGUGAUGUGGAAAGAGUUCGUAGAAUGAUGGGAAACAAGUGUGAUGCAAGAGUCCCAGGUUGCAGCUGGAUAGAGAUUACUAAUCAAGUUCAUUCAUUCGUAUCUAAUGAUAAGAUACAUCCUAAAGCUUUAGAAAUGCAUGCUACAUUGAAAAUGCUGCUUUGGCCAAUGAAGGAAAAAAGUGGUAUGAAUUCGUGAAGGAUGCAUCAGUCUAUGAUCUACAUAAUGUGCACUAGCAUGGAUUAUCCAAUUGAACAAAAUCUAAAUGCAAUUCUUUACGUGUUUUUGGUGUUGUUCUCCAAUUAGAAUACAAGUUUCACUUUGGUAAUUUGUGUAACAAAUUUACAUUAGAAGCCAACAUAGGUUACCGAAGUAAAACUCUAGUUCUGAUCAGAGAACAAUACUAAAGUACAUAAAGAACAUCUAAGUAACAUUUCCUUCGAAGAUGGGCACCUUAAGUGGUGGUUUAGAAUUUGGAUAUCAAUGUUGAUGUUUGAACUAACAUGUUAAGCAAACGUUCCAGCC